UCUCUCUCUCUCUCUCUCUCUCUCUCUCUCUCUCUAUCUCUCUCUCUCUCACACACACACACAAACACACACACACACAACUGAGGCAUUUGGACAUAGUAUAUCGUAAGAGAUAACUAAGGAAAUAAGAGAAGAAAAGAACAGAGGGAGACAUGGGUGCUCGUAGAAACAGCCUAAAAGCCUCACCAAAGAAAAAAUCUCACACACUGCAGGACCUAUUUGAACUUGAUUCCAGGGCCAGCACUGGCAGUAACUUUCACAGCAGCAACAAUAUUGGCAGGCAAUCAUCUUUUGAAUCCGAAAACGAUGAACUACUUUCAACCAUCUCUUACUGCUCCAUCACCUAUUCCUUCACUGAUCCUCUGGAAUCUCCUUCACAGCAAGAUUUGAAGCAGCUCAAGCUCAUCCAGCUCCUCUCCAUCAUAAAGUCUUUGAAAAAGCCGCUCCAUGAUCAAGUUCUAUCUGCCCUUUUCUCCAUGUUAUCGGCCAACCUCUUCCGUCCACUUCCUCCCCAAUGCAACAUCAUCUUUGUCUUCCCUGAUGAUGAGGAUCUCACUGCUACACCUGUAGCUGCAUGGCCACACUUGCAAAUUGUCUACGAUAUCCUUCUCCAGCUAGUACUCAGCACAGAUGCCAAGGCACUUCGAGAUUACAUUGAUCAAUCCUUCCUUCUCAAUCUUCUGUCCUUUUUUCAGUCUGAAGAUCAGAGGGAGCGUGAGACCUUGAAGAAUGUCUACCACCGGAUAUAUUUAAAGUUCACGUUCUACCGAUCAUCAAUGCGAAAGGCAAUGAAUGAUGUGUUCUUGCACUAUGUUUUUGAGACAGAUCAGAGACACUGUGGCAUAGGAGAGCUACUUGAGAUUUGGGGAAGCAUCAUUAAUGGCUUCACUGUCCCACUCAAGGAAGAACACAAGCUUUUCUUGAUGAGAGUUCUGGUUCCUCUGCAUAAGCCAAAAGGUUUACAGGUUUACCAUAGGCAGUUGGCCUAUUGUGUUUCUCAGUUUGUGCAGAAGGAGCCUGUGCUUGGUGGGAUUGCUAUUAGAGGGAUUUUGAAAUAUUGGCCUGUCACUAACUGUCAGAAGGAGGUUUUGCUUAUAGGGGAGUUGGAGGAAUUGGUGGAGAACGUAGAUCCUGAGCAGCAUAGGAAGUUAGCUCUGCCUUUAUGUACCCAAAUAACAAAGUGCUUGAACAGUUUCAACUCACAGGUAGCAGAGCGUGCACUCUAUGUGUGGAACAACGAGCAGUUCGUGAAGAUGGCAUCAGCAGCGAUGGAAGAGGUGUUUCCUGUGUUAGUCGAGGGAAUGGAGAAGAACCUGAAAUGGCAUUGGAACCCAAGUGUUCGGCAAUUGACAGAAAAUGUUAAAUUGAUGCUGGAAGAAAUGGAGCCCACUUUGUACUCAAAGUGCCUGCAAAAGCUUGAACGUCAUGAGUCCACGACUCGCGAGGAAGAGAUGAGGAGAAAGGAGAAGUGGGAAAGAAUAGAAACUGCAGCAGUCAAGAACCAGUUCCUUCAACAACCACAUUAUAUAUGUGUUUCCAAUUGAAGAACACAACUCAGAUAUGUGUGCUGGCUGGCAGUAGAUACUCAAUGCUAUGUACUUGGCACUACUAUAGGGAACAUAGCAAGGCUCCUUGCUAAUCUUUAUGCUAGAAAUACAACUAUAUUCAUGUGAAAUCAGUUGGGUCUUGGGGUACCACGCCCCUAAAUUUUCAUUCUAUGUAGAACAUUAAUGUUGGCGAGUCUAUUAUUAGUGAAUGAGUGUAAUAAUAUAC